AAAUGUUGACAGUGCAAAUGGUGAGGAAAAUGGAAGUUGUGUUUCUUCAGGAUCCAGCGAAAUAAUUGCUGAAAAAGAGGAAGGAACAAUCCAGAAUAAUUUUGAUUUGGAGGAGGUCCAACUUCAAAAGGAGCAAGAAGGCGUUUGCAGCAACUGUGAAAGUGUUGAGUCCAAACACUGUCCGAAUUCUGAUGAAAUUCAGAAUUUAAGUUCACCGGAGAAGGGAGCGACAGUCAAGAAAAGCAUAGACUUCAACAGAUCAAGCUUUCUAGAAGAACAUAAUUUCAGUCCUGCAGAAAAGGAAACACUAAUGAAAAUUGCUAUUCCUGAAAUUCUCGAAAUCUGGCUGGAGGAGUCUGCCGAAGACUUUCGUCAAGUUCCAACUUACUCUUGUCUCCGGAAGGUACUUUCCUACUUGAACCAGACAGUGCCAGGGUCAGAUGCUGAACAUCGGGCCCAGAAACUCCUGAGUCGGUUUUUGGCGGAGGAAACAGCGGAGAAAGAGAUGUUCAAAGGCUACCGUAGAAGAGUCAGAUUCUAUGUGGGAGAAGAACACGACCAAACCAUCGAACAAGUUGACGAAAAGCUCCUCUCCUACCCAUCACGCUUCAUUGCAGAGCAGCUGACUUUUAUGGAUGCUGAUCUUUUUCGGAAACUUGUGCCCAGCCAAUGUUUAGGGUCCAUCUGGUCUCAACGAGGGAAGGAAGAAAAACAGCAUCUGGUAUCAACCGUCCAGGCCACCAUGACACAGUUCAAUAAUGUUACAAAAUGUGUCACCAGCACCAUAUUAAGACGUCAACAGUUGAAACCAUGGCAGACGGCUAAAAUCAUUGAGAAAUGGAUUGAUGUUGCCCAGGAAUGUAGGAUUUUGCAGAAUUUCUCGUCAGUGCAUGCUAUUACCACUGCAUUGCAAUCAAAUAGUGUGUUCAAUUUGAAGAAGACUUGGGCAGCCGUGUCAAAGAGCAGUAAGAUAACAUUUGAAGACCUUUCAAACAAUGAAGAAGAUAACUUUGUAGCAAGUAGAGAGCUGCUAAUGGAGGAUAUCGUUCAGGGAAUUGUGCCGUACCUGGGAACUUUCUUAACAGAAUUUUCAGCACUGGAUUCGGCUUUCCCGAAUUACCAUUCAAAUGGCUUGAUCAACUUUGACAAGAGACAAAAACUCCUCUGAACUCGAGAAACCGCCAAAGCCCAAAAAGAGUGUGUUUAAACGCCUCAGCUGCCUGUUUUCAAAGAGAGGUGUUAAAAUACACAACACUCAAACUAAAAGCUCUGAG